ACACCACACCUUGAUUAGAUACUACCAAGAUGUCAGAAGUUGAAGAAUACCAGCAAGUUGCACAGAAGCUUGAUAAUUUGAUAGAAGUGAGGCAGAAAUUACAAAUACAAUACAAUGAGAACAAUCAAGUUAAGGAAGAAUUCAGCAAACUUACGCCUAACAACACUGUAUACAAAAUAAUAGGACCUGCAUUAGUGGAACAAUCGCAACAAGAGUCAAAACUCAACGUAGACAAGCGUAUUGAGUUCAUCCAAUCCGAAAUAGACCGUACCGAGAAUGAGAUUAGCACAACGCAACAAAAAAUGCAAACAUUGCAGCAAACUAUUUCCAAACUUCAACAGGCCCAGGUUGAAGCAGCUGAGAAGGCGCAACCAGCAGCUGCCGCUUAAAGAAUAAUAUACACAUAUAUAGCAUCACUUAUAAUUCAUAUCAAUUCUGUCUACAUAUAUAUAGCUAGAUCCUUUUACUUGCUAGCAAAAAUAGCACUGAGGUUCUCCCAUACUAAUUUUGGAGAUUGUGAUGCAUCAAUUGGACGGUGCUUGUUUUGCUUUCUAUAGUACUCAACGACUGGAGUAGUUUGCUGGUGGUAAGUGUUGAGUCUCUUUCUGAGUGCCUCUACGUUGUCGUCUGAGCGCUGGAUUAAAGGUUCCCCAGUGAGGUCAUCAGUCAUUGGCUUCUUAGGUGGGUUGAAUUCCUUGUGGUAGGAUCUACCUGAUGCAGGGUGUACCAAUCUACCUGUGAUACGUGAAAUGAGGAGCUGAUCAGCGAUUUGAAGUUCAACGGCGUGAUCAACCGAUUGCUUCUUAGAGCUCAACAUAUCGUCUAACUUCUCAGCUUGUGGGACGGUACGUGGGAAUCCAUCGAGGAUGAAACAAGUUUACAUUUUUCGUUUGUCUCUAAUUGGUUCUUAAUCAUACCAACAACGAUUUCAUCGCUAAUUAAACCACCAGCAUCCAUGAUUUGUUUUGCUUCGACACCGAGUGCAGUCUUCUUUCCAACUUCGGAACGCAACAUGUCACCAGUAGCCAAGUGACAUACGUUGUACUUGUUGACGAUGUUUGGUGCUUGUGUACCCUUACCUGCACCUGGUGGACCAAUGAGGAUCAUACGCAAUUCCUCUGAUGGUGUUCUACCGGAUGGCAGUACAGCAGCUUUAGAACGCUGUUCGAGGUCUACAAUUUUAUCACUCAAGUCUUUUACUAACGACUUCAAGUGUUCUAAUUCUUGUUGUGCACUUUCUUUUAUUCCAGACAUAAUCGUUUUG